AUGCCACGAAAUGAGAAUGACGACGAGCUUGACGAAUCAUUUAUUACCCAAUUCGAAACGACGUUGAGCAUCAGACCAUCAAAUGAAAUUAUAGAAGCUGAUGACAUAACGAUAGAUCAAAGCACUAUUCUCAAUGGAUCGGCCCUAAACACCAUUACGCGUGUUGAGGGAUUGCAACCUAUUCUGGAACUGCGAAGAGAACUGACGAAUUUGAACGGCUUUGAACCCCUGGAUAGUCAUGGACCACAGGGGCAUUUGAAGCUCGAAGGAGAACAGAGACGGGAAUAUGAAGAAUUUAUGGGAAAAGAUAGAGAAAACCAUGAUGAGCUAAUCGAGCUCCUAGAACCUUCUCCACUUAUUGAUAUUGAGCUUGUCAAGUUUAAAAGGACUCUCGCAGAGUUCAUGAACGCAAACCCACAAAUUGAGAAACAAAGUCCUCGAUUCAAUCUGACAAUCGAUAAAACAUUAGUACUUUUAUCACCAUAUUCAUCAGAGCAUUCAUUCGGAAGAACAUGGAUGCUGAAAUCUUACUUGUCCACCAUUUUUGAGAGACCUCAAAGACUACUUGCUUCUUGUAUUGGUGUCGCAGCCGCUCUUUCCAUGUAUCCGUUUUUCUUUGCUAUUAAAAGUUGCGGGAAGAGAAGCUCUUUAUUUUCUAAACAUGUAACCAACGUGCAUGGAAAAAGCUGGCCAAAACUUUUGUAUGGCUUAUGCCUCCGGUCACAUGAAAAGUUGAAGAAGGAGGAGCUUGAAAUCCCCUCGGACUGGAAUCCGGGCGACAUUUACUUAACUCCCAAAACUAUUAUAGCACUUGAGGGUGUAAUUGGAACCAUCGAACAUGCCGUGGACUCCCUAUUUGGAAAGGGUCCUGACAUAUGCAACCAUAAGUUGGCUUUUGUUGUUCUUCGGCCUCCAGGUCACCAUUCUCACGCAUGUCUUCCAGGCGGCUUUUGUGUCUUAAACAAUGCACAAAUCGGGGUAGAGUACGCUUCUCAGACUUAUGGUGUAACACACUGUGCCAUCUUGGACAUUGAUCUUCACCAUGGUGAUGGAACGCAAGACAUCUGCUGGGAGCGAAGCGGCUAUUGCGGUGACUUCGGCAAAUUAAAUGAAGACGACGAGGAACAGCAAAAUACAGUUAGUGAUACAACGCAGUCCUCAUAUCCAAAAGUUGGUUACUUCUCUUUGCACGACAUCAAGUCUUAUCCAACAGAGCUUGGAUUCGCUACAAAAGAAAAUAUCAAAAAUGCAUCAGUAUGUGUGAUGGAUCACAAUGUCAAUAUCUGGAAUGUCCAUCUUCAGGAAUGGAAUACGGAGGAUGAAUUUUACAAACAUUACCAAACAAAAUAUGUUGCUAUAUUGAAUCGGGCAAACCAGUUCCUCAAUCAAGCUAAACGCCAGCACGAGCAGGAGAACGCCAAUUACAUCACCGAGCUUACCAGGUACAACAAAUACCUUGCUAAGCCUCAUCUUUUCAAAAGCGCUGUUGCUAAACCCUCCCCACCGCAACCCUUUAAGCCAUUGAUAAUUAUAUCAGCUGGACUCGACGCGUCUGAGUAUGAAAAUCCACAAAUGCAAAGACACGGAGUCAACGUUCCUACUUCAUUUUACGCUAAAUUCACCAAGGAUGUUGUGAAGCUCGCAAAAAUACAUACCGAUGGAAAGGUUAUUUCGUUUUUAGAGGGCGGGUAUUCAGAUGGUGCACUUGCUUCUGGAAUUUUCUCGCACUUAAUUGGACUCACAAAUAACCAGAGAGAUACCACCGAUGAUCCAAUGAGCCAAGACCAUCUAAUAGAAAUGAGGGACCGGGGACUGAAGGAGAUUCCCCCUUCUCAUCCAGCCUUUGAUCGAACAUCGUUAAGCGAUAGUGCAUUUAUUGAGCUACUACUUUUUGAGAUAAAAGAACUACGAGCUGAAUGUGAGCAGAAGGAAAAGAAAUUGAGUGAUUUCAAGCAACUACAAUCAGAAACUCGUGUUAAAUCAGCAUCAGUACAGUCUUUUGAUGAAAUCCCACAAAGAUCUGCUCGCCGAAGGGUAUACAAGGAGGAUUCUCGACACGUCGACCAAGAGAACCAUGAGAAUCGCCCCGAAGAGAUCCCCAAAACAGAGCCUCACCCCGAAGUUGUUGCUCAUAGUGUUCCUCUUUCAGAGAAUUUCAAGUCCGGGCUUUCGUUAGCAAUAAGACGGAGUAAUUCUCUUGAGGAGGACUUGAAAGCUGCUGGUGAUGGAGCAACCGAGGGCAGAGGUAAUAAUGAUGUACAGUCAUCGAUGCAAACAACGGAGGUAGAGAUUGGAGAUGAUGCAAAACUGGAUGAUAAUGCGUUGCGAACAACAAAACAUGAUAAUCCAAGGGAGUUGAACCUGAAGGAAAGUUUUCAUCAAGAACUGAGCCAACUUGCAAACCACCUGAGAGUUAGUUCAUACAGCACGAGAAUCAAACUCCCGCAUACAAUGAGGAACUCCGAAGCAUCCUUGCCUUCGCGUGUACAACUGAACGCUAUUGCCAAUUCCCCACCUCAUGGUGACAGCGAAGCUAUUCCGACUCAGUCCGACAGAAGAGAGAAAAACUCCAAAAAAGAAAUAUCGUCCAGCUCUACCACUCCAUUGCUUGCUCAAUCUGGAUCUUACGAGACGCAAGCGAUGAUGCUGCCAAAGACACCCGUUGAUUCAUUGACUGAGCCACAAAGUGUCAAGCAGUCACCAACUUCACAAGGCUCUAGCUUCCAGGUCCUCACAUCACCUGAAACUCAUGAUGAUGUUAUUCUUUUCAUUAAGCCAGAAGAUUUUCAGACAAUUAAAAUUGAGGUCAUUAGCACACUCAGUUUCAACCCUAAAAAGUCAGAGGAUUUCAGUUGCACCCUUUCUAUCAAUGAUCGGGAAACAGCAAAGGGGAUGUGGAAAGUGAGGAAGUCUUACAGUCAAAUUUUAUCUUUCGAUAAUGAGAUAAGACCAGUGUUGGAAGCCUUCGGCCUUCCACCUUUACCUGAACGAAGCCUAUUUUCAUCUACUGUACCAGCUAAAGUAGAUUCACGAAAACAGAGUCUUCAACAUUACUUCAACUCAAUAUUUCUAAUUCCCCAUAUACCCAAGCUAAUUUUGAACCGCAUCUGUCGCUAUAUCUCGUUAGACUUCGUCAAUCCCCUUGAUGAUUUCAAAAGUGGCGCUAGAUUGGAGGGUUACUUAAUUAGAAGAUAUAAAGGAUUGGGAACCACAUGGAAGACAAGAUGGUGCCAGGUCGAUGGACCAUCCUUAGAGAUUUAUGAGUUUCCAGGAGGUCCAAUGAUCGAGCAGGUUCGACUUACUGGGUCGCAAAUCGGUCGUCAGUCAUCUGAUAAUGUUGCUGAAGAAAAAGGUUACCGGCAUGCGUUCCUUAUACUUGAGUAUCCGAAAAACAAAAUCUCAAGCUCCACACAGAAGCAUUUUUUCUGCGCUGAACUGGACAAGGAGCGAGACGAUUGGGUCAAUGCAAUGGUAGAGUACACCGAAAAUGACCCAAUGAUCACCCAAAUGAAUCUUGAUGGCCACGAGCAAAGGAAUGCUAGCAGAGUUGUUGAUCUGUUGAGCUCCCCAAAAGCCGCACAAUUGUCAAAGGAGGAGGACUCCAAAGAAUUGAAGGACGUCAAAAAACUUCGUAAACGAAGUUUGUUUCCUUUUAGAUAUAAAGGUCAGCAAUUUGAAACGGAGGAAGAAGGAACGGGUUCCACACUUGAGGAGGGUGGCAAUAAUAUGAGCCUCGAGGCCCAUUUAGCGGUCAUGAAUCUAACGCCUGGUCAAUUCAAGCCCGUAUUUGGUAAAGAGCUUGCUGAGGCGCUUGAUUUAUCAUCCAGGACAUUUGACGGCCGCCUUAUUCCCACAGUGUGUGGUCGAUGUCUCGAUUAUUUAUCAAAAACAGGCGCUAUUUAUGAAGAAGGAAUAUUUCGGUUGAGUGGAUCAGCGUCGACGAUCAGGACGCUCAAGGACCAAUUUAACAAGGAACACGAUGUUGAUCUAUUCGAACAUCAGCUUAAUCCUGACAUUCACACAGUGGCAGGUCUUUUCAAAACAUACUUGAGAGAGUUGCCUGACAAUAUCUUUGGUAACGCAGCAUAUUCCCAUAUGCAACUGAUGUUCACAUCAGGCACUGAUGCUCAACCUAGAUCCCAGAUUGUGUGGCAGAUGCAGCGGCUUAUAAAUGAUAAAUCUAAUGUGACUCAAGGCAAUUUCGAUUUUUGUUUCACUGUGUUCAGGCUUCUAAGUACCGUGGUCGCCAGGAGGAAGACGAAUUUGAUGAGCCUCAGGAAUAUUUGCAUUGUCUUUGUUCCUACAUUACGAAUCUCACUAGAAGUCUUGAGCCUUUGCAUUACUGACUUUGACUGUAUAUUCUUGGAUGGCAAGCCAUUGGACGACGACAAGAGAGAAACAUUGGACUUACAAAUUCCGUCCUUUUAA